CGGCUAUAUUGACAGCACUCCGCACGUUGACGUGCAGUUAGUAGGUUCUCAGACACCGCGGAGUACAGACGUAGCCGCCACGCGAUGCAAUCCGCCUGAUACAGCGUUCCGCAAUUAUGACUUAUGGACCGAAUGCCGGUAGGACAAGCGGCAGAUUUUUAAUUAUAGAACGCAAAUUAAUAAUAGUAUCCAGAUAUUGGGAGGUUUUCGGCGAAAUAACCGCCGAGAGGCUCCCGCGGAAACUUGGACUAUAAACUUUUUUUAGUGCUUGUGUUUAGGUGAACUGUGUAGUGUUUGUGGGGCUUUUUUUUUGGAUUAGCAAAAUGGUACCCCAACAAAUUUCGGAUGUACGAUCUUUGACGCCAACUUCUAGUGGCGUCCCUGUGUUUGGUUCACAACUUGUCGAUAAAAACUCUUCAACACCUUACACUGAUGCAACUCAGACAAAAAAGAACAACCCAAAUCACAUCAAGAGACCGAUGAAUGCGUUUAUGGUUUGGUCUCAAAUCGAACGCAGAAAAAUUUGCGAACAAACUCCAGAUAUGCAUAAUGCAGAAAUUUCUAAGAACUUAGGGCGAGUUUGGAAAACGCUAAACGAUGAGGAAAGGCAGCCUUUUAUAGAUGAAGCAGAAAGGCUCAGACAACUGCAUAUGCGCGAGUACCCUGAUUAUAAAUAUAGGCCUCGCAAGAAAACAGCAAAACCUGCACAAAGAAGUGGUGCAAUAACCAAGCAGAAGCGUAAACAAAGAGCUGACAGUAACAACAACAGAGGUGUAUCCAGACGGAGAACGCGGACGGUCCCAAGCAUCUCCAGUGUUCCAAUGGAAACGCCAGCUCCUCCACCACUGCCAGCAUCCCCAGCGGGAUCGCCGGAUUCUCCUGAAUCUGCGUGUUUCUACGACGAUAACACGAAACGCGAUCAAUCAGACCUAACUGAACUUUAUUCAAUUACGGAUUUAUUUACGUUACCAGCAGACUGUGAAGUUGAUCUAGACGCGUUGACGGAAAUGGAGGACUUUGAGACGGCAUCUUCUUCGUCAGGAUCACACUUUGAGUUCUCAUGCACGCCGGACGUGUCUGAUAUGCUCAGUGAGAUUGGCGUAGCAGGGGAUUGGGAUGACCCUACUUUCUCAUCGUACCUUACGUCGUCUUAAAGCGGUGCCCAGGUCGCCACGGCCGCUGGCCGAUACCACUGAUCUCAUUUUCGAGCCGCCAAACGGGGGCCGACGACGCGGCGACCGCUCGCCGCCCCGCCUAGAGAGUGCCUACAUCCAAUUGACGUGUCGACAUUUGGAUUUAAUGUACAAAGUUAUUUAAUAAGAUUUGAUGAUGAAAUUUGAUUUCUGAGUUGUUCGGCCACAUGGCUUUGUUCACUUUCAGUUCUUUCGAUUUAUUUUCUUUAAUGGCAAAUGCGAACUAUUCGGGAAUGGCUUUCGAUGUCACAACAUCGAUUUUUACAACAUAGGCUGUGAGUUGGUUCUCAUUUAAAGGUUUUUCUUUCGUUUUACAACAAUGUUAUCAGGGUGGUUUCCAAACGGCACGUCUCAGACGCAUCUCAGUAAAUAAUCCGUCUUACUCUCCGUCGCCUGAUUAGUAAGUUACGGUCCGGUCUGGUCAGGUCGCCGCCUGUUAGCACCGCGUUGUCGCGUCCGUGUUCUAUACGUGUACAUUACUCGACUUGGCUUCUAUAGUAAGUUCGAAAGUCCUAAGCUCUUAAUUUUACUUUUUUAACAAUUUUACUGUAAGACCAAUUGUUUAUUUACAUUUAAACCUCUUAGAUGGAAUAUAUAUCGAGUAAUAGAAAAAUAAGAAUAGGUUAAACUCAUGUUCACCUUGCGUUCUAAUUACUGUACGUAAGAUCACUAUAUACUUUGAUGCACACGUAGAUAAUAGAUAUACUUUUAUAAUUUCACUUUUGGAAGCUAAUCAGUAUGUCAUUUUGAAUUUCGGAGUGCGGGACUCUGCAAGGAUUUGGCCCUUACCGUGCUUACUUUCUCUUUGUUGGAACAAGCAGCGCGUGAACGGUAGACGGUAAUGUGUACUUUAUAUAUUCCUCGCACGCGUGACAUUUGUUAAAAUCAUUUAAUGGAAUCAUGGUAAGGGAUUGUGUAGAUGUUACGAGUGAUUCGUCUCGCUAUAGUGUAUGUAAGGUUGUUUAAGGUAAGGUAAUUUCCGUUCAAUGGUAAGGUAUGGAGAAUCUAUAUCUCUUGAAAUGACGGCACCUCAGGAUGAAUGCGAAGGGACACUUCUUCACUUUCUUCUUUGAUUUUUUACUCUUCCCGCUUCAUGGUUUCUAAAAACGUCUGUAGAAAGAUACAUAUCAAAAAUCGGAAUGUAUUAAUUCGCUUGACGGUGAUGAUGAACAAACACUACUUCGGUUAUAAAUAAAUAUUUUGCUGUUUAAACUCUGUGAUUUACGUUAUGGAUUUUCUAAAUUAUAAGAAUCUAGUGGAGACUGAUAUCGCAUAGAUUAGUUUUAGCAGCGCUAGCUUGUCUUAACUUUUUUAAUUUUUAGAACUGGGCAUACGUUUUAUAAGAAAAAAAUAUGGUCGUAUUUUUGAUAAUUUGCUUACCUGUGGAGAUCGGGUGACGAUGUCGAAAUUUUCUCGUAAAGUUAAAAUAUUUUAACGAAUUUAUGAUUGGUAAACUAGUUUGAUAUUUAAUAGUGUUCCCGAUGUCCACAGCGAGGCGUGCGCUAAACACAUUUUAUAUAUCUUCGCGAAAACUGUCAAUUCAUUGAAAAUGGCGUCAGUUAGUUAGUGGGGUAAUGUUUCAAAUAUAAAUAUUACCGACCAUAUUAAUAUAUUAUAAAUCUUCUAAAAUAUACAGUUUCAAAUAACGAAUACAAUAUUUGUAGAUAAUCUGUGUCCCUGAAAUACAUAUAUUUCACUUAUACGGGAUCCGUUGUGCUCCGAUCGAUAUAAAAGAAAAUGCUUUACUUAUAUUCUUAUAAAUAUAUUAUGUAUAAAUAACUUUGUGUAACUUAGUGAGUGUCUACGAAAUCCAAUUAUUUUUAAAAGAAUGCAUAAAAUACAUGUUAUCUAUACAUGACUAUUUGUAAAUCUGUAAGUACCUACUACUGUCUUGGGUGUUGUAAGGCGAUAUUAUAUAUCCAUAGAAAAAAAAAAGAAAAAUAAAUUUGUGCCUAAUUAAUUACUUGGAAUUUUUCAUAUGUAUAUUAUAGUGUUGCUCAAGAUAUCUUUGUAAGCGCGUAGUGGUUACUUAGAAGCUGUUUGUUAUAAACUGUGUUUUAAUAUUAUACUAAGAUUUUUGGACACCAGAUAUGCAUUUUGUAUUAAUUUUGCUGCUUUGAAAGUUUUACGCAAAUGCCUAAAUUUUGUACUCUACAGAAUAUUUUCCAUAGGGACUAUUAUUUUCCCUUAACGUACAUUAUGAGCUAUAAGUAAAUAACCAGACAAUAUUUUGCAUUGGAAGCAGAACUGUCAAAGCCAGCACCAGAUAAUAAUUACAAAAAAAAAAAAAUCUUUUCAAACAUGUUUGUAUUAAAGUUAGUGCUUUUAUAUAUUUUUUAUUUGCCUCGUAGUUAUUUUGUGCUUCAAUCAUCACGACAUCAGUAUAUAGUUUCUCACGGUAUAAUAUGAAAGGCUUUUAAAUUAAAUUUCUGCACGAAUAAAAGCAAUAUCUGUAAUGACACGAACGCUCAAAUUAGAGAUAGAUCUUCUCCUGAAAUAAUAACUAAAUGAACCGAACGUUUGUAAAUUCUGGCCAUACCUGUCAGUCUCUUCGUCUACUUCUUCUUCUGCUUAAACAAACAGAAGAAUUUUCAUUGGAGGAGAAUAUUUUUAAUAAAACCGUAGAGUAUUUGUAAAGCAACAUCGAAUUUAUUGUUGUAUUUAGCGCUUUUUAUUCAAUAAUUGGAAUUAUCAGGGUUCGAUGUUUCGUUUUGAAAUUUAAGAUUGUAAAGAAUAACAUUUUGUACAAACUGUAACUCUCGUUUCUCUUGAUAAAUCUGUUUCUUAUUUUUUCUCAUUUUUUGCUUUAAUCUGUAGACUUUACACCUCUAAUAUAUCGAGGUAUUGUAAAAUGUAAAUAAUUAAUUAGUGGAACUGUCUAUAAUUAUGUAAAAGUCAAAAUAAAGCGAUACUGUGAGAAAAAUUAGAGGGUAAAAUUAAGCGUCUCAAAGAAAUAAUAAAUAAAUAUCAUAGAAGACGUAGUUGUUGUAGGUUACAUGUAUAAUUAAAUGGAUUAUAUAAUACAUUGUUGUGAACUUGUAUCUCACUUCACCUACUUCUGCUAUUCCCUCAAUAAAGGAUGUAGAAUCAGGUGAAUUGAGUAUGUAUUCUGUUCUGGGUUUCGAUUUCCCAUCUUUCAAUACAAUCUAUUAUCCGGCCAAAUGAAAUUUCAAAUUUUACCUAAACACCAGUAAGAACCACGUUCGUAUUAGAUUUUAAGUAUUAUUGCGUAAACAAUAAACCGUUUUUGGAAUUUGGGAAAUCGAAACAACAAAUCUUUGCUGAGUCGUAGCCUACAAAUCGCUUGUCAUACAAGUAGAUUUUUUCUUAAACUUUGUAGAAUAUUAAUUAUAUAUGUUUAACAUUAUGAUAAGUCUUUAUUGCGAUUCGAAAAAAAAAAAUGUUAGUGAUUCAUUCACAGAACUGAAAACGUUGAAAAUAUACUCGUUAUGUUGUUUGAAAAAAGAUCGUAAAUAUAUCUCUGUAUAAUAUGUACUGUUGUUGAUUUAUUUAUUAAGCGUCUUCUAUUGUAAGAUUUUUUUUAUAUAUCAUUCUCUUUGAUCUUUGAGACACAACGAAUCAUUUUCAUUUCCCUCUGUCCUUCAAUAGCUCAUAAUGCUUAAAAUAAUUAGUAUUAACUGAUGUGUAAUUGGUGUCUAUAAGAUGGUAAACUUAAACAAUUAACAAAUGUAUUAUGUAAAAUACAACCAGUAGUGAAUGUAUAUUGAUCGGUUGUUGACGUAGCUGUGUCAUUUAUGGUUAUUGAUAUAGAUUAUAAUAAAAACUUCGCACAAUCUGAGUCAAGGAACUAACAUAGGUAUAAUAGGCAUUAGUCGUAUGAUAUAUAGUAACACAUACAGUUACAAAAAAUAAGUGUGAUAGUUUGUUUUAUAUAACGUUCCAUCGUAUUUUUUUUUUAAUAUUUUGUGUCUAAGUUGUCCUUCUUAUUUUUUCCUGUAAAGUGCCGAUCUCUUAACAGCCCCUUAAGUUUAUAUACGCAGACCAUGUUCGGUUUAUAAAAUACUUCAUGAUAUUAUCUGAAUGUUUCUAUUUUGAAUAAGUUCUUGAUACUCGAUCAAAUAUAUAAGGAACAAAAAAAAAAUUAAAAUGGUCCAUUAAAUUCUAUCAAGUAAUGUUAAGGUAAUAUUAUUAUAUUAGUAGCAGCAAGUGUAUACUUAUUAACUGAGUAACAUUCGUAUAAAUUUAACGUUACAUGCCAAAACCAAUUCAAACUAUUGAAGCUAAAAAAAUGGCUUUAAAUGUAAAAAUGGGACUGUUUCAUUGUCAUUCGAGUCGUUUUCUUCUAUACCAUUGGACAUUGUAAAUACCUCGUUAAUGAACUACUUAAUGCCACGUAUUUUUUUAUAAUUUCCUUUGUAAAUCACACUAUAACCGUGUGUUCCAAACCAUUCUAGUCUAAGUGAUUUUGGGCAGUUUAAGACUAUAUUUCAUUCACGUCACGUCAGAGCUGAGUGUGUUGUUUCAAGGACAAUCGUGGCAUUUUCAUUAUUGAUACCUGAUUUUUUUUUAAUAUUUUUUUUUUCAAUUGAUACCAAAAACUAAUGAAGCUGUUAGACGCCGUUACCGAUGGAUCUCUCUUUAGCACUAAACAGUUACGGUUUUUUGGCUAACCAAAUACUGACGAUGCUUCUUUGUUACCAACCUUGUAAUUGGUUCUAAAAUGUUGUACAUAGUAGAUGAUCUUAAGUAAAACCUACAACGCACGGUUCGCUAAAAUGUUAAAAAUAUUCCCCUGUAUUGGGUUUAUUUUAUAAAAAUCUAUUAUCUGCAAUAGUUUUUAGGUUUUAUUUUGUAUUGAUAAGUUAUUUUGCGAGGAAUCUUUUAAAUUCUCCUCGGACGUUGUAUAAAUUAUUGACGUAUCUAGUAAGGUGUCUGCUGUAACUACAUAUAUUGUACGUAGUUUUUUAAACUAAGUAUCAAAUAACAUUACUGUAGUUACGGAUUUAAGGCGAACGUGUACAUUUUGUAUCGUACUUUGUUUCAAUAAUGAAUAUAUAUUAUUAUAUGGUAUAAAAUAAAUCAUCCAGUUUUUAAAAAAUA